AUAAGCCUCCAUUUUUGUUGCAUCUCUACAAGCCAGGCGAAAAAGUGAAGAAAAGUGGUAAAAACAAUUUGUAGACCAUCGAUUGCAUAGUUGGUACUUAGCCAAAGUACCCCAGUACUCAAAUCUUACCAAGCGGAUGGCUGCCUAACACGAGCACCUAUAGGAAAAGGUAAUACAAAAAUAAUACCCAAAAAUGACUCAAUAUCUGCCGCCAAAUCUGCUGGCGCUCUUCGCGGCCCGGGAUCCCAUCCCGUUCAUGCCGCCGGUGGACAAGCUGCCUCACGAAAAGAAGUCCCGUGGCUACCUGGGAGUGGCAAAGUUCAUGGCCGACUUCGAGGACCCCAAGGACACGCCGCUGCCGAAGACCGUGGAGACGCGACAGGAGCGAUUGGAGCGACGUCGCCGCGAGAAAGCCGAGCAGGUGGCCUACAAGCUGGAACGGGAGAUAGCUCUGUGGGACCCCACCGAGAUUAAGAACGCCACGGAGGACCCGUUCCGCACGCUAUUUAUCGCCCGGAUCAACUACGAUACUUCCGAGUCAAAGCUACGACGCGAGUUUGAGUUCUACGGUCCCAUCAAGAAGAUCGUUUUGAUCCACGACCAGGAGUCAGGUAAACCCAAGGGCUACGCCUUCAUCGAGUACGAGCACGAACGUGACAUGCACGCAGCCUACAAGCACGCCGACGGUAAAAAGAUCGACAGCAAGCGCGUCCUGGUGGACGUUGAGCGGGCUCGCACGGUCAAGGGCUGGUUGCCCAGGCGCCUGGGCGGCGGUCUGGGUGGCACUCGUCGUGGUGGCAACGAUGUCAACAUCAAGCACUCAGGACGCGAGGACAACGAGCGGGAGCGCGAACGCUAUCGGCUGGAGCGGGAGCGCGAGGACCGCGAGGGUCCUGGCCGCGGCGGUGGCUCCAAUGGCCUGGAAGCCCGGUCCGGACGAGGUUUCGGAGCGGAGCGACGACGCUCCCGCUCCAGGGAACGUCGCGACCGGGAACGUGAUCGAGGACGUGGCGCUGUGGCUAGUGGUCGGUCGCGCAGCCGUUCCCGCGAGCGCAGAAAACGGCGCGCGGGCAGCCGAGAGCGGUAUGAUGAGUUCGACCGCCGAGAUCGGCGUGACAGGGAACGCGAGCGGGAUCGCGAUCGGGAGCGCGAAAAGAAGAAGAAGCGCUCCAAAUCGCGUGAACGUGAAUCCUCCAGGGAGCGACGCGAACGGAAGCGGGAGCGAAGAGACCGCGAACGCGGCACGGGAGCCGGUGGCGAAGUCAAGGAGCGCAAGCCCGACUUCCGCGACAUGGACGUCAUCAAGAUCAAGGAGGAGCCGAUCGACGAUGGCUAUCCAACGUUCGACUACCAGAACACAGCCAUCAAGCGGGAGAUCGACGACGAGAACGAGGAGAAGUACCGGCCGCCUGCGCAUCACAAUAUGUUCAGUGUGCCACCGCCGCCCAUUCUGGGGCGUGGCAAUGCCAAUCCGAAUCCCAGUCCCGACAAUGGCCAGCAGAGCUCCAGCGACCAGAGCUGGUGGCGUCAGUAAGGAGGUUGCAAUCUUGGAUCUGUCUUUCAAGGUUAAUAAUUGUAGAAAUCAGCCGUCUGUUGGUCGCUACUAUUUAUUCAUUCGACUUGAGGCGCAGCAAUCCUGGAAGGAAUAACCAUAGCAAUCCAAGGUUCCAUUUUACACAGAAAAUUUUAAGGUAUAGCUUGCAGAGACGCCAAGCAAAUCAACAUUAUAAAACCCCGACCGCUAAACGCAAAAUCCACUAAUGUGUGCGUAGCUUAAAUCAUUUAAAUUUAUAAGUAACUCUUAACAAAUGAAUAUGAAAGAAAAGUAAGUAAAAUAAAGCUAGCCCUACA